AUGAAGAAAUUGCAAAUUAUAUUUCUUCUCUGUGUGACAGGAGUGAGUUUUAUUUCGGCGCUGAAGAAUGCUACAGAUGGUGUUCAAGAACUUACCAAAGAUCAUUCAACAAAAGUGAUGAAAGACUCUGCUUUUAACAGUACAAAUAUUAUGGAUAAUCCAAUAAAUGUUACGAAAGCAUCUACUGGCGGUAAAGAUGGUGGAAAUAAAACUGUUACUAACAGCUGGCAUAUUACUACUGAUAGGGGAGAUGAUCCUAAUAGGGGGGCUACGAAAAAUAAUUCAACAGUGGUUCCCAAAGUACCUACUGGUAAUUCAAGUAAUGGAGAUGGUGAACGCCCAACUGAUCCUAAUAGGGGGGCUACGAAAAAUAACUCAACAGUGGUUCCCAUAGUACCUACUGUUAAAACAGAUAGUGAAUAUGGUAAAUACCCAACUGAUCCUAAUAUGGGGGCUACGAAAGUUAACUCAACAGUGGUUCCAAAGGUACCUACUGGUGAUCCAGAUUAUGAAGAUGGUGAACACCCAACUGAUCCUAAUGGGGGGGCUACGAAAAAUAACUCAACAGUGGUUCCCAUAGUACCUACUGUUAAAACAGGUAGUGAAUAUGGUGAACACCCAACUGAUCCUAAUAGGGGGGCUACAAAAGUUAACUCAACAGUGGUUCUAAAGGUACCUACUGGUAAUUCAAGUAAUGGAGAUGGUGAACGCCCAACUGAUCCUAAUAGGGGGGCUACGAAAAAUAACUCAACAGUGGUUCCCAUAGUACCUACUGUUAAAACAGGUAGUGAAUAUGGUGAACACCCAACUGAUCCUAAUAGGGGGGCUACAAAAGUUAACUCAACAGUGGUUCCAAAAGUACCUACUGUUAAAACUCCUGUUCAACAGACAACUGUUACAAGAGGUGGUAAAUCUGGAACUAAUGAUAAUGAUCAAGAGAGUCCUCAACCACAAGAAAAUGGUAUCAAUUUAAGUAAAGAAAAAGAUUACACACCAGAAGCUGAUUCACCUUCAUCUGGUCAUUUCAUGGGAUAUUUAUUAACAGCAAUCAUUCUAUGUGUAGCUGGUUAUGUGGUAUUUCAUAAUAAACAAAAGAUCAUAGCUUUUAUAGUUGAGGGUCGAUCUGGUAGACAAAGAAGACGGACUGGUAAUGGAGUAGAAUAUAAGAAAUUACACAGUAAUGUGGAAGAAGUUAUGCCGUCUUUAGAUCAGUCAGCAGCUUCCAAACAUUUUAUUUAUUAA